AUGUCUGCUGUCCGCCAACGUCUGGAAAAGGUCGCAAGCCAGAAGGAGAAGAAGGUGUCGGUUGACGAGAGCGAGCUCCCCGCCGACCGCAAGUUCGUCGUGCCCAACUUUACCAACAAGCAACUGCUCGAUGCCAUUCCCGCGCACUGCUACGAGCGCUCGCUUUUCCGCUCGUCAGUGACCCUCGUCACUGACGUGGCUAUUGUCGGUACCCUCGUGUACGGCGCGUACCACAUCGAGGACGCGCUCUCGUACCUCAACCUCGCCGAGCUCCCGACCAAGGCGCUCCGCAUCGCUCUUUGGACGACGUACUGCAUUGUGUGCUCGUUCUGGGGCACUGGUCUUUGGGUCGUUGGUCACGAGUGCGGCCACCAGGCGUUCUCGACAAGCAAGACUAUCAACAACUUUAUCGGGUGGAUUGUACACUCGUGCCUCCUCGUUCCGUACCACGCGUGGCGUAUCUCGCACUCGCGCCACCACGCAUCGACGGGCAGCCUUACCCGUGAUGAGGUGUUUGUUCCCCACACGCGCUCGGAACGCGGUCUCCCCAAGCCCGCGACCGAGGACGAGUUUAUCGGCAUUAACGUCCCCGAGGAAUCGCAGAGCUUGAUCGCCGAGGUUCUCGACCACGUCCCGGCCGCCAUGUUCUGGACUGCCAUGUACCAGGUCGCCGGUUUCCCACUUUACCUGAUCAUGAACGCGGCCGGCCAGAAGCGGUACCCUAAGACGACCAACCACUUUUUCCCGUCGUCGGUCAUCUUCCGCCCUAGCCACUACUGGCAGAUCAUCUGGUCUGACAUUGGUCUUGUUCUCGUUCUUGCCGGCCUCACUUACUGGGCCAAGAUGCGCAGCUUUACGGAAAUGUUCCUCGUCUACGGCAUCCCCUACCUCCUCGUCAACUCUUGGAUUGUCAUGAUCACCUACCUCCAGCACACGGACCCUACUAUUCCCCACUACUCUGAUUCGCUGUGGACCUUCCCCCGCGGUGCGCUCUGCACUAUCGACCGCACUUUCCUUGGUCCUAUUGGAGCUUGGGCGGUCCACGGUCUGUGCGAGACGCACGUUCUCCACCACGUCUGCUCCAAGAUUCCCCACUACCACGCCUGGGAGGCGACAGAGGCACUCAAGGCCUUCAUUGGUGACCACUACCAGCGUUCCGAGGAGAACAUGCUCGUGUCGCUGUGGAAGAGUCACCGUGAGUGCCUCUUCAUCGAGGACGGCGCCGACAUUGCAUUCUACAAAAACUACCGUGGCCAGGCACAGCGCUGGGGCGUCGUCCAGCCCCCUGCCGACUCUGGUGUCGAGCUUUCCAGCUAA